GAUAACAUGCAGAAACCCAACCCUCCCAAGAACCUCUCCUUCCCCCUCCCAUGGAGUUCCUCCUCCAUCCUCCCUUCCCCUCCCUCCUCCUCCCCAAACCCCACCACUUGCCGCCCCACUUCCCCUCCUCCAAGCUCCGCCAUGGCCGCCUCCAAGAACCCGUCAUGGCGUUCCCGCAAGCGCCUCCUCUGCCGCUGUCGCUCCAUGAAACGAGGAGCGGCGCCCACGCCCACCCGCGCCACGACCGGUCCAUUCAGGAGCCCGACCCGGGAGCCCGCCCCUCCGGCUCCUCCGCGCGCAGCGGGGUGCCCCGGUUCUUCGCGGAGACCAAGCUCAUCACGGUGCAUUCCUGCGCGGGGCGCCUGGGCGACGCGCGGAAGGUGUUCGACGGGAUGGGCCACAGGGAUCUGCUCGCCUGGUCGGCCAUGAUCGGCGCGUACGCCAUCAGGGGCAUGUACGGUGAGGUCCUCGCGCUUGCGGUUAGCAUGGUGGAGGAAGGAGUGCUCCCGGACAGGUUCUUGAUCACGCGGGUUUUGCAGGCGUGUGCGUAUGCCGCGGACCUGGAGCUUGGUAGGGCGCUCCAUUCCAUGGCUGUCAGGAGAGGGUAUAUGGGGAGAGUCAAGGAUGUGCCGGUCGGGAACUCGGUGCUAGUGAUGUACGCCAAAUGUGGAAACUUGGGGUGUGCGCAUAAGGUGUUCGAGAAGAUGGUGUGCAGGGACUUGGGCACAUGGAAUUCGAUGAUUUUUGGUUAUUGCCAGUCUGCUGAAUGGGAGGAGGCACGGCGUCUGCUUGAUGCCAUGAGAGAGGAAGGCACAGAGCCGGGGGUUGUUACGUGGAACACAUUGAUUUCGAGCUAUGCUAGGUCUGGAGAUCUUGAUGUGGCAAUGGAAUUGUUGGGGCAGAUGGAGGAGUCUGGAGUUGCACCAGAUGUUGUCACAUGGACUAGCCUUGUGUCUGGCUUUGUUCAUAUGGAUAGGGGUGAUGAGGCACUUAGAUGUUUUAUUCGGAUGCGUCUUGCUGGAGUUGAACCAAAUGGCAUGUCAAUUGCAAGUGCUAUCUCAGCUUGUGCGAGUUUGAAGUUACUAAAUCAGGGAAGAGAACUCCAUAGCCAUGCUAUUAAGGUUGGAAGUGUUAACAAUGUGCUCUCAGGGAACUCCUUGGUUGACAUGUAUGCAAAAUGUGGAGAAAUAGUUGCAGCUUGGAGAAUAUUCAAUGACAUACCUGAGAAGGAUAUCUUCUCCUGGAAUUCAAUGAUUGCAGGGUAUGCACAGGCGGGUUAUUGUGGCAAAGCAUAUGAGCUCUUCUGUAAGAUGGAAAACUGUGGUGUUCGGCGCAAUGUGAUAACCUGGAAUACAAUGAUCUCAGGGUACAUACGGAAUGGGGAUGAUGAGAGAGCUUUUGAGCUAUUCCAGAUGAUGCAAAGCCAUGGAGUAAAAAGGGAUACGGCAACAUGGAACAUACUCAUAGCUGGAUCAGUGCAUAAUGGUUAUUAUGAUAGAGCCCUAAGAAUAUUCCGGCAGAUGCAGUCACUUUUGGUGAGGCCUGACUACAUUACCAUCCUUAGCAUUAUUCCAGCAUUUGCAAAUCUAGUUGCAUGCUGGAAAGUACGGGAGAUCCAUGCCUGUAUUUUUCACCACAAUUUAGAAUUGGAUGGUAAAAUUGCAAAUGCACUUAUCAAUGCAUAUUCAAAAUCUGGUGAUCUUACUAGUGCCUGUUCUGUGUUUGAUAUGCAUCCAUCAAGGAACAUUAUUUCUUGGAACUGUAUCAUUCUCGCUCAUUUGCUGCAUGGUUCUCCAAAUGAAGCCUUGAAUCUUUUCUGUCGAAUGAAACAAGAAGGUGUUUUGCCUGAUCAUACAACUUUGGUCGCUGUUAUCAGGGCUUAUGGUCUUAUGGGAAAGGUAUCUGAAGGGUCCCAAACAUUUCUCAACAUGGCCAAUGAUUACAAUAUAACUCCAGAAUUAGAUCAUUAUGCAGCAAUGGUGGAUCUUCUUGGACGGUCUGGCAAACUAAAACAAGCGUAUGAGCUUAUUGACGAGAUGCCCCUGAUACCCAAUUCAACAGUCUGGGAGGCAUUUCUUACUGCAUCUGUAAUGCAUGGAAAUGUAAGAAUGGCUCACCUGGCAGGUAGAGAGCUGUCUGCGAUUGAUCCUGGAGAUCCCAGAGUCCAAAGGUUAGCUUCUAGUUUGCAAGAUUUAACUGGAAAAUCUGUUGAUAUGCCAAAGGAGAUGGCACCCAACAAAGGUAGAAAAUUAGAUGAAGCCAAGAGUUGUUCAAUAGAAAUCAGGAAUAAGGCUUAUGUGUUCUCAAAUGGUGAUAAUGUUGGCUUAGAGGAUACAGUAGCAGAACUAAAGUCAAUGAUGAUUAAGAUGGGAUACUCUAUGCUUGACAUUGGUAUUGGAAUUCUAGAUGUUGAAGAAGAAAAGGAAGAAGUUAUUGGACUCCAUUGUGAGAAGCUAGCAAUUGCGUUUGGGCUUUCUAAUUCCCCGCAUUUCAGAAACAUACGGAUAAUCAAAACUGCAAGGAUGUGUAGUCACUGCCACACUUUUGCCAAGUUAGUUUCAAAGAAAUAUGAACGGCAUAUACUGAUUAAGGAUCCAAAGUGCUUGCAUAAGUUUGAGGAUGGAAAAUGCUCUUGUGAAGAUUAUUGGUGAAUAGUGGAUACAGAUGGUACAAGUCUACUGGGCAAAAGAUCUUGCCAAAUGUCCUUUUCUGAAGAGUUAUCCAUUACAGGAAUACACAUUGCUAACCUCUUAAAAAGAGUUCACACAUGGAGGAUAGCCUAUCCACCAAUUCAAUGUCAAGAUAAAAAAUCUAGUACUAUGUGUUAUUGAAAAAGAAACCACUUCUGAUGUCAUUCUCUGCUUCACUGAGGUUUAUUUUGAACAGCUUGGGAGAGAUCAUCUGAUCAGCAUCCAUUCUAUCAUUCAAGAAACAGUUUGGUUCAGAAGCAUGAAUAUGGCAAUAUAACACUGAAGAGUCAUUGACUUCAGUGGAAAAAUUAGUGUCUUAACCAUAAACCUUAGGAUAGUGAGGCUAGAAAAGCUCUUAGCCACAUUCAUUCCAAUAGAGAAAA